CCGAGAAGGUGUCCUCCCUGGGCAAGGACUGGCACAAGUUCUGCCUGAAGUGUGAGCGCUGCAACAAGACCCUGACCCCGGGCGGGCAUGCCGAG